AUGGCUGUCACUUUUCGCCGUCGAACUCUUUCGCGGCUUUUCUUCUUUACAGUCACCGCUCUUUUUGUCAAGCUAGUUUUCUUCCCCUCCCAGUCACCGGCCAAGUCCAAUUCGAAUGCCCAUCAAAUCCAGAGCCAUAACUUCAUAGAACGUGCAACACGUUCGGACAAGUCGCUCAAUGUGCAGCGUCAUCCAUUUUUGCAGGCGAGGAUGGGCAGGGAUGAGAAGGAGGACAUUUUUUCAGGGCUUGUGAGGAACGGUGUCAGGGAUUACUGGGAGCGCUUCCAACUACCAUACAUCGUGAACAAGGAGACGUCGUCUAUGGACGCUCAGCACGUCCUGGGGGCCAUUGACCAGCUUCUGUCGCUGAAUGGCUGGGUGGCCGCACACUGCCCGACGCUAACACGUCCAUUUGGCCAGAACAAACGGGAAAAUGCAUACGACGACCUCAUCCGCGAAGACCAUCUCUACUACGUGGCAAUCAUCAUCCACUCCGCGGACCACUUCCUCGUCGACCAACUCGCUGUCAUCGUGCAAAUGGCGAAACGCCUGGGCACAAACAAUUUGUUUGUGUCCAUGCUAGACUACGAUUCGAACGACUCGACCGAGACGCUGACGGAUUUGUGCGAGGCAGUUCUGACGCUACUUGGGGUGCCGUUUAGGAUUAGGAGGGUGCCAGGCAUGACGGAAGAUCCAGCGGCGGCGUAUUACCCGCUCGAGGAGGCAUACAUGCGUAACCUUGCGCUGGAGCCGCUGCAUGAACUGCAAGCGAAGAGGAGUAUCAAAUUCUCAAGGGUGGUCUGGCUGAAGGGCUUCACAUGUCCUAAUGACCUACUGGAGACUAUCAAAAUCAGCUUUGCCAACGACGCGGCCAUGGUCUGUGGCAUGGAUUGGGCGGAGCAUAAUGGCUUUUUCAUUUUCUCUGAUAGGUGGCGGACCCGCGACAUCGAAGGUGACCAGUUCCGCCAAUCCAAAUCCUCGUCCAAGCCCGACGGCGUGCCCCCGCGCGACCAGCAGGGCGCGCUGCGUUAUGCCCAGCAUCUUCCUUUCCAGGUCUUCUGCUGCGAGUCAGGCACGCACGUCGUCGAUCCGGCACAAUCAUACUACCGCGGCAUCGCAUACCGCGCGGGCACCGACUUCCAGAACCUCAGCCGCUCCGAGAGCGUGCCUGUGCGUUCACCCGACGCGCCAUGUCUCGACAGUAGCCAAGCAUGGUUCUGCAGAGACCUAUGGGUGCGCAGCGCGCGUGAUGCAAUGGAGGAGGUGGACCGCUCGAAUCUCGUUGGUGCGCGCAAGCGACGACGCAGCGUCGAGGAGAUUGCGGCGCGCGACCCGCUUAUGGAGGGGCGUGACGCGGUGAAGGUCAAGGUCGGGCAGGCAGAGGAAGAGGUGGACGAUGACGCGGCGGAUAGGAGGAAGCAGGGGAACGGCAAGGUUGAUCCAGACGCGAAUGCGGGCUCUGACUACGAUGCUAUGCCGGACGAGGACGGCGGCGAGGACGUUCCCCCUGCGGACGGGAACACGCUGUUGAUACCCAACUCAGUGUUCAGGCCUGCGCGGAUUUUGGUCAAUCCUAGGUGUCCGACAACGUAUGCGGGUGUGAGUCAUACGCAGCUGGCGCGGGAUCUGUUUGGAGAGGGCGAUGAUGAUUCGUUGAGUGCAGCUGGGAAGUAUGUGUUGGAUGAUUGGGAAGGUGCUCCAGAGAGCUUUGUGUGCCAGGAACAAAAACAAACGGGGGGCAGGAAGGCGACGAAAUCGCAACGACGACUUGGUUUCUCCAUACAUGACGAGGUCCAGAAACUGCUCGGACAACAUUAA